UUUGCCAAGCUAGUCAUCUCUCUCUGGCUUUUUCUUCAGUAGUUCAAAGUUCAGAUGAUAUCAGAUGGCAAUCUUUAUUCUUUUAACCUUUGCCUUCAUGGAAAUAAAGGCUGAACAGGUGGCACUAACUAUAUUUCUCCCUGGCUUGUGAGUAAACAGUAAUGAAAUGCCUGGAAGGGCAUAUUUCUUCUAAUAUUCUACAUUUGAGCAACUUCAGCUUCAAGACUUUGCUUUUGCCUGUGACUUACACCAUAGCAGACAUAGUCCAUUCUUGCCCAGAUGAUCUCAAGAAAUACCCAUGAACUGAACUGGAUAAUGGAUUUGGUCUCCUUGUAUUUAAGUGAUGAAGUACAUCACUGAGAGGGUUGUUAAUUCUCCCACUUUCUCGAGUUUGAGGACCAGAGUUAGUAUGUCGAAGAUAAGACAAACUUAGGCAAGUUAAAUGUUAGUGAAGCCUCAGACAAAAGGAGUUGGUGUGGGCGUGCGGUAAGGGAAGCGCUGCUUGAACAUUGAGCUAAAGAGUGUUUAUAAACAUUGGUAGAUAGUUCACCCCUUCCCCUUUCUCUUCUGAGAGGGAGAGCUCUGUGGUCAGGCAGAAGAGACUAAAGAAAGAUGAAGCCAGUUGAAACAAAAAAGGAAAAAUAUUUGGAGGGCUCUGAAUGAUUCUCGGCAGUGUGUUUAAAAUCGUCACCAUGAAAACGGCCGGAUCUUCCUUUUCUGCGACAAGUUUGACGUGUCACAUCUUCCUUUGUGGGCUUCUUGGCCAGCUUAGUUCCAGACGUACAUUUCACUAAGGUCGUGUUCUCAGCCUGUCUAAAACACAACUCUUUUUUUUUUUCAUGCAGUUUUCUAACAGCUUUUGAAGUACGUACCUGAAAGCCCUCCUUGGAUUAUCGUGGACUCAGCUGAGUAUCAACAUGGGGAAUGGACUGAGGCGUAGACGCUGACCUCAGGUCCAUCAGUACAGAUCUGGACAGAUUCCUGUAUCACAUGCGGCUCUCCGAUGAGACCCUUUUGGACAUCAUGGCUCGGUUCCAGGCUGAAAUGCAGAAGGGGCUGGGGAAGGACACCAACCCCACAGCCUCAGUGAAGAUGCUGCCCACCUUUGUCAGGGCCAUUCCAGAUGGCUCAGAAAAUGGGGAGUUUCUUUCCCUGGAUCUUGGAGGAUCCAAGUUUCGAGUCUUGAAGGUGCAAGUCUCUGAAGAGGGGAAACGAAACGUCCAGAUGGAAAGUCAGUUCUACCCAACACCCAAUGAAAUUAUCCGAGGGAAUGGCAUCGAGCUGUUUGAGUACGUAGCUGACUGUCUGGCAGACUUCAUGAACACCAAAGGAUUGAAGCAUAAGAGGUUGCCCCUCGGCCUAACCUUUUCUUUUCCCUGCAGGCAGACUAAACUGGAAGAGGGUGUCCUGCUUUCAUGGACGAAGAAGUUUAAGGCACGGGGAGUUCAGGACACAGAUGUAGUGAGCUGUCUGACCAGGGCUAUGAAAAGACACAAGGACAUCAAUGUGGACACCCUGGCCUUGGUCAAUGACACUGUGGGGACCAUGAUGACGUGCGCCUAUGACGAUCCCUACUGCGAAGUUGGUGUCAUCAUUGGCACUGGCACCAACGCGUGUUACAUGGAGGACAUGAGCAACAUAGACCUGGUGGAAGGUGACGAGGGCAGGAUGUGCAUCAACACGGAGUGGGGGGCCUUUGGGGACGACGGGGCCCUGGAAGACAUCCGCACCGAGUUCGACCGGGAGUUGGACCUCGGCUCUCUCAACCCCGGGAAGCAACUGUUUGAGAAGAUGAUCAGUGGCCUGUACCUGGGUGAACUCGUCAGGCUCAUCUUGCUGAAGAUGGCCAAGGCAGGCCUCUUGUUUGGUGGUGAGAAAUCCUCUGCUCUCCACACUAAGGGCAAGAUUGAAACACGGCACGUGGCUGCCAUGGAAAAGUAUAAAGAAGGCCUUGCCAAUACAAGAGAGAUCCUGACGGAUCUGGGCCUUGAGCCUUCGGAGGCCGACUGCAUUGCGGUCCAGCACGUCUGCACCAUCGUCUCCUUCCGCUCAGCCAAUCUCUGUGCAGCGGCCCUGGCAGCCAUCCUGACGCGCCUCCGGGAGAACAAGAAGCUGGUGCGGCUCCGGACCACGGUGGGCAUGGACGGCACACUGUACAAGAUACACCCUCAAUACCCGAAACGCCUGCACAAGGUGGUGAGGAGACUGGUCCCGAAUUGUGACGUCCGCUUCCUCCUGUCAGAGAGUGGCAGCGCCAAGGGGGCUGCCAUGGUGACAGCGGUGGCCUCCCGAGUGCAGGCUCAGCGGAAGCAGAUUGACAAGGUGCUGGCUUUGUUCCGGCUGACGCAAGAGCAGCUUGUGGGUGUGCAGGACAAGAUGCGGGCUGAGCUCGAGUAUGGGCUGAAGAGGGACACCCACUCCCUGGCCACAGUCAAGAUGCUGCCCACCUACGUCUGUGGGAUGCCGGAUGGCACAGAGAAAGGAAAGUUCCUUGCCCUGGAUCUGGGGGGAACCAACUUCCGGGUCCUCCUGGUGAAGAUCAGAAGCGGACGGAGGUCGGUGCGAAUGUACAAUAAGAUCUUCGCCAUCCCCCUGGAGAUUAUGCAGGGCACCGGCGAGGAGCUCUUUGACCACAUUGUGCAGUGCAUCGCGGACUUCCUGGACUACAUGGGCCUCAAGGGAGCCCAGCUGCCUUUGGGCUUCACCUUCUCGUUUCCCUGCAGGCAGGCGAGCAUUGACAAGGGAACACUCAUUGGGUGGACCAAAGGCUUCAAGGCCACUGACUGUGAAGGAGAAGAUGUAGUGGACAUGCUCAGGGAAGCUAUCAAGAGGAGAAACGAAUUUGACCUGGACAUAGUUGCAGUCGUGAAUGACACAGUGGGGACCAUGAUGACCUGUGGCUAUGAAGAUCCUAAUUGUGAGAUUGGCCUGAUUGCGGGAACAGGCAGCAACCUAUGCUACAUGGAGGAGAUGAGGAACAUCGAACUGGUAGAAGGGGACGAAGGGAAGAUGUGCAUUAACACAGAGUGGGGAGGAUUUGGAGAUAAUGGCUGUAUAGACAACAUCCGGACCCAAUAUGACAAGGAGGUGGACGAGGGGUCCUUGAAUCCUGGCAAACAGAGAUAUGAGAAAAUGACCAGUGGGAUGUAUCUGGGAGAGAUCGUGCGGCAGAUCCUGAUUGACCUGACCAAGCAGGGUCUCCUCUUCCGUGGGCAGAUUUCAGAGCGUCUCCGAACCAGGGGCAUCUUUGAAACCAAGUUCCUGUCGCAGAUCGAAAGUGAUCGGCUGGCCCUCCUCCAGGUCAGGAGGAUCCUGCAGCAGCUCGGCCUGGACAGCACGUGUGAGGACAGCAUUGUGGUGAAGGAGGUGUGCGGAGCUGUGUCCCGGCGGGCGGCCCAGCUCUGUGGCGCUGGCUUGGCUGCCAUUGUAGAGAAAAGGAGGGAAGACCAGGGGCUCGAGCGCCUGAGGAUCACCGUGGGCGUGGACGGCACCCUGUACAAGCUGCACCCGCACUUUUCUCGGAUAUUGCAGGAAACUGUGAAAGAACUAGCCCCUCGAUGUGAUGUGACAUUCAUGCUGUCAGAAGAUGGAAGUGGAAAGGGAGCAGCUCUGAUCACUGCUGUGGCCAAGAGAUUACAGCAGGCAUGGAAGAACUAGCAGUCCCUCGAGGUUGGGCUGAUGCGCCUUGGGUACUGACCAGCCCUGCCGCUGGCAGAUGAGUUGGUCAGGGACCAACAGGCAAGCUUCUGGCUGACUUCACCUUCUGGAUGGCUGAAAGAGAACCCCAGGUUCUUGGGCACUCUUAGCAUUUUGUUACUGCUUUUCAAGGGCAUUAAAUGGCAUCUCUAUUUGGCAUAUUUGGGCCAAAGAUGAGCCAACUUGUAAAAUCAAAUUGUUGGACCCAAGAGAUCCCCUUUUAGCAAAGUUUUCAGCUGAGGCCUGAGCUGUUAGUUCUCGCUGGCUUUGGGUCCCGCGGCUGCUGGACUCGGAAGCAUAUACGUGAUCUGCCCAUGUGACCUGACUGGCUGAGUUCCCCACUGGGAUGCUUCAGCCAUCACUUGGCCGGGAUUGGGCCCUCUACUUGUGGAUGAACAGUGGAGAGGGAUAGAGACUCAUGCAACAAACUGGAGAUCUAAUCUAACGUGACCUUAACUUGUCAUGUCGACUUCAAAUGUGAAGAGAACAAAGACUUUGGAGCAUUCAGCCCCAGGAUGAAGAAGGGUUGAUUGCCAGGGAGCCCUGUAGGAAUCUAUUCAUGCCUAAAGUGAGUCAUAUCAGCACCCUGUAGGGUUUUGUUUCUCAAUAUGCUUGUGUCUUGGGGAAGGGUGCCAUUUGGGGCACCUGUUUUUCAUUUUACAUCUGGUUUGUGUUGCUACUGUUGAUAGUUGUUUUAAGGACUCUUAGGUAUAUGAAAUCCAGUAAAUGAAUAA